AUGAGGUACAUCCCACACCCGAACUGGUUGUGUACCGGUUUUCAAGACGUGCUUGGUGACUGCGAUCUUACGGAUAUUCCCCUCGAGGGAUACCCGUUUACCUGGACUAAAAGUAGAGGUACAUCCCACAUGAUUGAGGAGAGGCUCGACAGGGCCGUUGUUUCGUCGCAUUGGUUGCAGAUUUUCCCUCAGGCCAAGUUAUCUAACCUUAUUGCAUCUUACUCGGACCAUAGUCCUAUCUUACUGAGUUGUGAUCCGGUUCGUAAUCGUCGUAGUAGAAGAAGAUUUAAGUUUGAAAAUUGGUGGUUAGGUGAGGAAGGGCUGCAGAAUGUUGUCAGUGAAAGCUGA